UCCUUCCCAGCCAUAGUUUACAAUCAGUGAGUGAGUACAGUAGGUGGAGGAGGCUGGCGUCUGCUGGUCCAGGCAGAUAAGCAUUACUGCUGUGCACGCGCCCCUCUUUAUGUACAAACAAAAAGAGGAAAUAGUUUUUGCAUUGGAGGUGAACAGUAUAAUCAUUAGUACAGCUUUGAGUGCUUAAUAUGGGAGCACAACUGUUUUUAUACAGAACAAAAUGGACCUAGGGGACAGAAACAUUGUUGAAAUGAUAGCAAAAAUAAUUGAAGAAGCUUCCGACACAGAUAAUAACCGUGAGGGGUUAAUGGCUGGUAAACAUUACCCGUCCAUCCAAGAGUUUGCCUCAGCAAUCCCCAACCACCUUCUCCUGGGGUCUCUACUGGAGCACCUGUGCUUCGUCUACGAGAGCAACCCAACGCGCUCACGUACGCUGUUUAAAAUCAUUGGCCAGCGUUUAGCUGCCAUGAACCUCCUCUCUCCUUUGGCCAUAAGUGAUGAGUUCAGCACCGUCAGACUGCAGCACAACCGGGCCUUCACUGAGCUGCUCCAUGCUGCCAGCUCCUCGCUGUAUCCACAGGGCCAGCAAGUUGCCGGCACAAAUGUGCACACGCCUGCUGUGAGACCAAAGGAGGGGCUGUUUCAAGCACAGACAUCCCGCUAUCUUAGUGAAUUUGAAGAAUUAUUCAGACUCGGAAAAGGAUCUUAUGGAAAUGUUUUUAAGGUUAUGAACAAAUUGGACGGACAGUAUUAUGCUGUGAAGAAAAUUCUCAUCAGAAAAGUCUCAAAGGAUGACUGCAUGAAGGUCCUCAGGGAAGUCAAAAUGUUAUCCAGCCUGCUGCAUGUAAACGUGGUGGGCUAUCACACUGCGUGGAUGGAGCAUGUUCAGCCUGCCGCAUAUCCUAAGUCUCUCCUGCCUGCACUGGAGUCACCUGAACAACAAGACAGUUUUGAUGAGAGCUCUGACGACAUCAGCAACAGCUCCUCCAUAGUUUUUCAAAGCCUCAGUCAAGCACCAACAGACUCAAGUGCCAAUGUACUCCCGAGAGAGGCCGAGCCCUUCAGAACUGUGGUUCCAACCCAAGAGAAGGGCCAAGUGGUGUGUGCCAAGACGAUGCGCCGGAUUCCCACCAACUACGUCCCCUGUGUGUUCCUGGGACAGGGUGGUCCCCCAAAGACCUCCAAAUGUCCUGCCAUGGGGUGGGACAGCUCAGCACUGUUAGAAGAGGAGUCAAGCAGGAGUAGCAUCGAACCGAACAAAAACUCCUGCAUCGACAAGGACUUUCAGCCGCGGGCCGGCAAAAAACGAACAACAAAGCCUUCUAAAGAGGUUCAGUUCCACCUGAUGCUCUACAUCCAGAUGCAGGUGUGCGAGCGCUCACUGAAGGACUGGAUCUCUGAGAGGAACAGCAAGCCCAGAGAAGAACACACCCCAAGAUGUCCCUAUGGAUGUGUUGACAGCGAACACACACUCAACCUGCUGAGAGGGAUUCUUGAAGGAGUCGAGUACAUUCACUCCAGGGGAAUCAUGCACAGAGACCUGAAGCCCAGGAACAUUUUCCUUCAUGGAAACGACUGCCAUGUUCGAAUUGGGGACUUUGGUUUGGCCUGCAGGGAUAUAAUAAUGGAUGGCCAUAAAAGCCCCGCAGCUCCCAGCAGUGCAGAUUCCUCACAUACUACCGGUGUUGGCACAUUUGUGUAUGCUGCUCCAGAACAACUGAAGGGCUGCCAUUAUGAUUCAAAGUCAGACAUGUACAGCAUCGGAGUGCUGGCUCUCGAGCUAUUUCAGCCCUUUGGGACCGAGAUGGAACGCGUCCGGACCCUCGGGGACCUGAGAGAGGGGAAAGUCUCAAACUCGUUCUGCCAAAGAUGGCCAGUCCUGACGAAGUUCAUCAUGAACCUGACGAAUAAGGAACCCAGUGUUCGUCCCACAGCUAGCCAGCUUCUACAGAGUGAACUCCUCUGCAGUAAAGACAUAGUUAUCCAUAGUUUACAGAGAAGGGUCGAAGAGCAGGAGGGAGAGAUCAUGCAGCUGAGGAGACAGAUCAGUCGGCUUCAGAGCUCAGAAGUCAGUUAAUUUCUCUGAGUCUGACUAGACCCAAGCCUUAAAGGGUCUCAGCCCUCCACAGACUGUCACAACUUGCUCGACUAUGUUUUGGUGACUUGGUACAAGUGGUAGAGCGUGUGUGUGUGUGUGUGUGUUAGCGUUUGAAUGUGUCUUGUACACCGGUAUGUAAGGGUGCAAUUAUUUAUCUUUAUUCAGAUGUUAAAUAAAACCUAAUCCUGCUA